AUCUCCGUUGAGCACACCUUCUUGGAGAGGAUCCCGAGCGGCUUGGCGACCGCGAUGCGUAGAGCAAUGGCGACGCUACCUCUGCGACUCCCCUGCCUCCCGAAGCUUGUCCAUCUAAGAACCCCGUUUCGCUUCCCCUUCCUCCCUCCUCGUCCUCCUCCUCCUCAAGCCUUCUUCAUAUCGCCUCGGGCUUCCUCGAUGUCUCUUGCUUCUUCUCCUUCCUCAUCUUCCUCCACUUCUUCUUCUCUUCCGGUCCUCACGUUGCCGCCGCCGCCGCCGCCUCCUCCUUCCGGACAUGCUCCGCAUCUUCCUAGCGUCUCCUCCGGCGCCGUGGAUCUCGAGCCGUACCUUGGAUGCUCGAUGCCAGGGAGGCGGCUCAGGGUCGCCGUUCUCCUCAGCGGUGGCGUCGACAGCAGCACCGCCCUCCGCCUCCUCCACGCCGCGGGGCACGACUGCACCGCUUUCUAUCUCAAAAUUUGGUUCCAAGAAGACUUUCAAAACUUUUGGUCUGAAUGCCCAUGGGAUGAGGAUUUGAAAUAUGCAAGAGCUGUUUGUGAUCAGGUUGAUGUGCCUCUGGAAGUGGUCCAUUUGUCAGAUGAAUAUUGGAACAAUGUGGUAUGUCACAUUAUCAGUGAGUAUCGUAGUGGCCGAACCCCAAAUCCUGAUGUUCUUUGUAACACAAGGAUUAAAUUUGGUGCUUUUUUGGAGGCCAUUGCUAGUAUGGAGUUUGAUUAUGUUGCUUCAGGACAUUAUGCUCAUGUUGUUCACUCAUCUUCAGAAGAUGGGCCUUCCAUUUUGAAGUUGUCAAAAGAUUUGAUCAAGGAUCAAACGUAUUUUCUCUCCCAUCUUUCGCAGUCUCAGCUCAAAAGGCUUCUUUUUCCACUUGGUUGCUUGAGAAAGGAUGAAGUGCGUAGGAUAGCUACUCUUAUGGACCUUCCAAACAAAGAUAGAAAGGACUCUCAAGGAAUAUGUUUUCUUGGAAAGGUUAAGUUUAGUGAGUUUGUUGCAAAGCAUAUAGGGGAGUUGGAGGGCAUAUUGCUUGAAGCUGAAACUGGAGAUUAUCUAGGAAAUCAUCAUGGAUUUUGGUUCUAUACUAUUGGUCAGCGCCAAGGCCUGCGGCUUUCUGGAGGACCCUGGUAUGUUGUUGAAAAGGAUGUGCGGAACAAUGUUGUUUUUGUAUCAAGAAACUACUUUUCGUUGGAUAAAAGACGGCGUACAUUUCAUGUUGGAUCAUUGAAUUGGUUCAGUGGUGCACCUCCUGAAAACACUGAGCAACUACAGUGCAAGGUUCGACAUGGUCCUGGUUUUUAUGACUGCAGCAUUAUGGCAGUGCCAGGGAUAGAUGGUGAUGAAGAUAAUUUGGUGGUGCAUCUAUCUGAAGAUGACCAGGGCUUGGCUGCCGGACAGUUUGCAGCUUUCUACCAUGGUGAUGUCUGCAUAGGUUCAGGUGUUAUUAUGGAUUCUUGGGAUGAGAAGUGCUUCCCCAUUUGUUCAAAGGCUUUGGAGAUUGCAAGGAUGGAAGAUAAGUCAAAACUAGGGAAACCGAUCAGGAUAAUGAACCCGGAUACCAGGUAGAGGUUCUACUGAGUUGAUCGAUGUUCUAUGAUCCGGAGAUUGCAACCAUAUUGCAGAAUAGCUCAGAAUCAGCAAGUAGGGAAUUGUGCUCAGGGAGACAAACAUAGCCUCUUGUUGUAGCUGUUAUAUGUCAUGUCAGUUGUCCACAAAUCAUGUGAUAUCGUGGACUAAAUCAACCGUAGAUGAUGGUAGACUGGAGGCGUGGGAAAGAAGAGGGUGCAGAUGAUUUGGAAGGAUCAUUUCUGUCGCCGAAAAAUGUCUACUAAUGAGUCAUGGACCAUAUCUUGGUUAUUUAUUGCCUAAACUGGUAAUUGCAAUCGGAAAAUGUGGUAUCGGUGACCCCUCUUAACUGACCUUGAGAAGAAGUGCUAUAUGGAGACUUGCAUGUUUUUUAUGCAAAAGCCAGUCAUGCAUCCUGGAAUGGCUGUUCAAAUUGUGUUGGACUCAGUUGAACAUUUGAUGAUGCUAUGUGUCAACUAAGAUGGAGUCUCUCAUCAACAGGAACUGAUCAAGGAUUGAUACCAGCAAGCAUCUGAAGCAGUUUGUGACCUUGUUAGAGUCUCUUCACCCAACCAGGAACAGAACCUAACUUUGAUCUUCUUUGUUCAUAUGUACAGUACAAUAUAGUGAACUCCAUGCAUUGUUUGUUUAUUUAGGGAUGACCUGACAAUUAAGGCAUGCCAUUUCUUCUUUGCAUCUGUCUGUAUACUACAAAGGCCAUAUGCUGCCUCCUUGUGGUGUGCCACCAAAAUAAGAAUUUCUAUUCA